AUGGAUUCCAUCUCUCUUCUUCUCUCUCCUUAUCCACUCUCACUGAAACCCCACAGACCCACCGCCUUCAAACCCUUCUCUCACUUCUCAAACCACAACCCACCACACUCCACAAUUCAACCUUCGCAACUCCGUUCACUCUCACUCUCCGCAAUCCAAACGCGUUCUCCCAACGCAUUAGCAAAACCCUUCUUCUCAUUCACCGCCUUCAACCUCUUCACUCCGUUUCCAUGCCUCGCUGACGUGGCGACGGACGUGGACGCCGACGGUGGCAAAAUCAACAUCGAAUAUGUUCUGGUUUCCAUUGACAACUUCUUCAACCAGUACCCGUUUUUCGUGUUUGGGUGCGCCUUCAUUUGGCUGGUGGCGAUUCCGCUGGCCGAAGAGUAUUUCAAGAAGUGCAAGCUCGUGUCGGCUAUUGACGCCUUCAGGAGGCUCCGCGAUGAUCCGAACUCGCAGCUCUUGGACAUAAGGGACAGGAAGAGCGUAAGGUUUCUGAGGUCGCCGAAUUUGAAAUUUAUUGAGAAGGAAGUGGUGCAGGUUGAGUUCACUGAUGGUGGGAAUGAAGAGGAGUUUGUGAAGAAGGUGUUGGGUAGGUUCAAGGACGCGUCGAACACCGCUGUCUAUGUUUUGGACAGUUUCGAUGGUAAUUCCAUGAAAGUUGCUGAGUUACUAUUCAAAAAUGGUUUCAAAGAGGCCUAUGCAAUCAGAGGUGGAGUUAGAGGCCAGCAAGGUUGGAUGGCUAUACAAGAUUCCCUUUUGCCCCCUUCGAUGCAUAUAAGGAAAAGAGUAUCUUCAAACGAACUCAAUACAAAUGGAAAUGGAGCCAUCCAGCAAAAUGAUAGUAAAAAUAAGAGUUCCUUAUCCCAAGAGAUCUCUCCUGUUGGAAACCAAAAGACGGACAAUGGUAAUGUGAAAAGCUCUACGGAGUCUAUUCCAGAAGUGAAAACUGGUUCUGUAAUCUUCUCCUCUCCUUAUCCCAAUGAGUCUAUCGAUGAGAGCUUAGGUGAAGGCUCGAAGUUGAAAGAUUCUGUAUGGGAUGUUCUUUCUAUAAAGUGA